AAUAUUCAGUUUUGAGGUUGAAUAAUUAUUUCCUAAAAUCAUAAUAUUACUUCGUUAGUUUCUUUGUCGUCUUUUUAUAUAUUAGGGUUUCGUUUCUAGAGUAGCAGACGCAGCCACCCACCACCAAACGCACUCUUCUUCUCUCCACUUUCCAUUUUUUUCUUUUAGCUCAGCUUCAUCGCCCAUCCCUCUGCCGCCAAUUAAACGGAGUCGCACCAUUCUCUGUGACUAUGUGCACAUGUUUCAUGGUGUUAGUCUAGUAUGUUGAACAAUCUCAUGUCACAGCAGUUGCCAAUACAGAGCAUUCAAAUGGGUCAGGUGGAACCCAUAUCAAACAAAUUGGACUCAUCAAUACAAAUGGGAAUAGUGGGACCUGAGAACAGUGGACGUUUACAACAGAUACCAAUGGCAAAUAUGCAAAUGGGAAUGAUGGGACCAGUUUCUUCUGAUGCACUAUCACAGCAGAUAUCAGCAUUACACAACAAAGCUCAGCCAUUGGAACCUAUGCCCAAUAACAAUGUUCUGCAGAAAUUAUCUGUUACAAACAUGCAAAUAGGAAAUAUAGAUCCACGGGCAAGCAGUCUGACACCAGAGCAAUUUUUGUUACAUAGCAAUGUGGGAUCUCUGCAGUCAACAAUGUUGAAGCGCAAGGCACCAAUGGAAAGUACAUCCAACAGUCCUGGGUUGCAGAAAUUGUCAAUGCCUAACAAGCGAGUCGUACAGAUGGAACAUAGGCCAUGGAUGCAGCAUUUAUCAGCUCCAAAUAAAUUACCAGUGCAAUCACAGUCCAUUUCCAGUCCUUCAGGUUUGCAGCGGUCACAAGCACCAUCUAAGAAAUCAACUUCCAGCAAGGCUGGGCUGCAGCAGUUGUCAGCUCAGAAAAAUCAAAGUGGACAGCCAUCUCCAAGGUUUCAAAGCGAGUCAUCUGAAUCUGUGAGGUCCAAAUUAAGGGAAUCAUUAGCCGCAGCUCUAGCUUUGGUUUCUAUGCAGCAGGAUACAUCUGGUAAGAGCUCUGAAAAUGAAGAUGCUAGUAUUGCAGGAUCAACACAAGAAAAUUCUAAAUCUUCUGUGCAUGAUUUGGGAACUACUGAUGCUGGUAAUCACAUGUCUGAGGGGGCCAAGAGAUCUUUGUCAGUCAAGGAGGAUCCCUUAGAUCAAAAGCGUAACGAUGAUCAUAGUACAGCACAAGGAUUUUCCUCCAGUAAUGCUGGUGAUUGCUUACAGCCCUCAAAAACUGAUGGACAGUCAACUAUUAGCAUGCGUGAUGAAGAAACUUCAUUUAGCGAUUGCUUUUUUGUCAAAGAUGAACUCUUGCAGGGAAAUGGCCUGUCAUGGGUAUUGGAACCUGUGAUGGGGGUGGCAGAAAAUAAGGACAUUGAAACUACUAAAAGACCGCUGGAUCUGGAGGAUUCUUCGCAUGUCAGUGGAGGACAAGCAGUUCCAUCUCCACAAACUGUGGCAUCUACAAUUGAAGCAGAACUCUACAAUCUAUUCGGUGGAGUAAACAAAAAGUAUAAGGAGAAAGGAAGGUCUCUUUUGUUCAAUUUGAAAGAUCGUAAUAAUCCUGAAUUGAGGGCAAGAGUUAUGUCAGGAGAAAUUCCCCCUGAGAAACUUUGCUCAAUGACAGCGGAGGAGCUUGCAUCUAAGGAGCUUUCUGAGUGGCGGAUGGCAAAAGCUGAGGAGCUUGCUCAAAUGGUUGUAUUGCCUGAUUCAGAUGUUGAUAUGAGACGAUUGGUGAAGAAAACGCACAAGGGUGAGUUUCAAGUGGAAGUUGAACCGGUGGAUAUUGUCUCAGCAGAGGUUGCCAUUGGGGCAAGCUCAGUCACUCGUAUGCGACCAAAACCAAAGGAGAAGAGAGCCUCUUCCCCCUCGAAACGUGAUCAAAUGAAAGAUAAAGGGUAUGCUUCAAAUGAAAAGAGUAGUUCAGAGGUUGAGGAUGUUCUCAUGAUUCCUUCCAGUGAAGGGACUGAUUUGAUGCAAGGGCUUAUGGUGGAUGAUGAAUUGAAAGAUGCAGAGUUUCUUCCUCCAAUUGUCUCCCUUGAUGAGUUCAUGGAAUCCCUUAAUUCAGAGCCGCCUUUUGAAAAUUUACCAGUUGAUAGUGGAAAAACAGCACCUGUCUCUGAUAAGGAUGAUUCACAAGUUGGCUCAGAAUCCAAGUCUCCUGAUGCAACAAUAAGAGAUCCUGAUGAUAGAACCUCUAGUAGUCGUGACAUUGUGGAUGUAAAACACAUAAAACCGGAUACUGAUGGGAAGUCCACUGACAAUCAUGGGAAAUCAGAAACAGCACCUACAUUCCAUGUACCAAAGGGUGAAUGUGUUUGGGAAGGCUUGCUUCAGCUGAAUGUUUCAGUUCUGGCCUCAGUUAUUGGCAUUUUUAAAAGUGGUGAAAAAACAUCUUCCAAAGGCUGGCCUGGCCUUAUUGAGAUCAAGGGAAGAGUCAGGCUCGAACCAUUUGAAAAGUUCCUCCAAGAGCUUCCGAUGUCCCGAAGUCGUGCUGUUAUGGCUGUGCACUUUGUUGGCAAGGAGGGGUCCUCAGAAAGUGAGAGUGCGGGUGUCAGCGAGGUGGCUGAUUCAUAUGUUAUGGAUAGUAGGGUGGGUUUUGGCGAGCCUGCUCCUGGUGUAGAACUCUAUUUAUGCCCACCUCAUUCAAAGACCCGUGAAAUGCUUGGCAAGGUCCUCCCGAAGGACCAAGUUGAUGCCCUUAAUGCUAUUGAUAAUGGUCUAAUUGGUGUUAUUGUGUGGAGAAAACCUCAAAUAACGUCAACAAUAUCACCCAACUCUGCAUCACACCAUAAGCACAAUUCCAAAAAGGAACAUUUCACCUCUAGGAGACACCAAGAAAAAGAUGCUAAUCUCAAUGUGAAUGUUACUGCUAAACAGCAGCCUUUACCCCUUGCUGGGCCUUCUGCUUUUACUAAACCUCAACCUGAUGACAACGAGGAUGAUGAUGAUGAUGAUUUGCCUCCUGGAUUUGGCCCACCAGCCACUCGUGAUGAGGAUGACCUGCCUGAGUUUAAUUUCUCAAGUGGUUCUGUUACUCCUAGGUCUCAGACUUCCACCACCCAAAGUGUAAUUCAGGGUCAAGGAAUGUCUCAUUUUCACCAACAUUCCCAAGCCCAUUCUCGCCCUGUAGAUCAAAUGAGAGAGCUUGUACAUAGAUAUGGACAACCUAAAACUAGUACCUCGUCAGGGAAUUGGCAGGAUAAAAGAGGUUUUGGGGUUGUGGUGCAGCCUUGGGAUGAUGAUGAUGAUGAUAUGCCUGAGUGGCGCCCAGAAGAUAACAAACAAGUACCACAUCCACGCCCGCACACACACUCACAGCCAGUGCAUAUGCACGGCAUCCAGCAGCCAAUAUUACGUGCCAAUAUGAUACAGGAAACUCCUCACCAACAAAUGGCACAGCAACCCAUGUCUUUGCAGCCAAUGUUACGCCCCAAUAUGGUCCAAGAAACUCCACAACAAAUGGCACAGCCAGCCAUGCCUUUGCAUUCCCAAAUGAAUGGGAUACAUGGUCACCAAAAUACAGCCCCAUCAUGGCAGCAGCAGGGCCCUUGGAUGGUUCAACAAAAUAGUGCCCCUUUAUGGCAGCAGCAGGGCCCUUGGAUGGUUCCUAACCCUGGCUCUCACGGCCUGCCUGUCUAUCAGCCUAACAGCGUGCAGUUCUAUGGGGCUCCUGGACCGGAAGCUGGGCAGCAAGGCAUGGCUUGGCGUAGAGAUGCUCCUGCAAGUAGAGGCUUUUAAGAAAAUAUAUCUUGUAUUUAGCUUUUGACAUCCUGUACUAGUGUUAGAUAAUCUUACCUCAUUUUCGGUUUUA